AUGAAGUCUCACUGUAACAUUUCCAAUGGUUCCAUUGAGUUUACACCUGCAACCUUCACCCUUGUUGGCAUCCCAGGGCUGGAAGCAGAGCAUAUCUGGAUAUCUAUCCCCUUCUGCGUGAUGUACAUCAUCAUCUUCAUAGGAAAUGGCCUUAUUCUUCAUAUCAUCCGGAUUGACCCUGCUUUGCAUCAGCCCAUGUACUUCUUUCUUGCCAUGCUGGCUUUUGUUGAACUUGGUGUCUCUGCUUCCACCAUGCCUACUGUGUUAGGUAUUUUCCUCUUUGGCAUUCAUAAUAUCAGUUUUGGUGGUUGUCUGCUCCAGAUGUUUUCCAUGCACUCUUUUACCCUUAUGGAGUCAGGUAUUCUUCUGGCUAUGUCUGUAGACCGCUUUGUGGCCAUCUACAGCCCACUGCGCUACACAACCAUCCUGACAAUUCCCCGCAUCACUGGGAUGGGUGCCACCAUUGCCUUGCGAAGUUUGGUACUCAUGUUCCCACUGCUCUUUCUCCUGAAGGGUCUUCCUUUCUGUGGUCACAACAACCUCACACACUCUUACUGUCUCCACUCAGAUCUGAUCAAAUUGCCUUGUGCAGACACUCGCCCCAAUAGCAUCCUGGGUCUGUUUGUGAUUACCUCCACUUUUGGGCUGGACUCAUUGCUAAUCAUGGUUUCUUACCUGCUAAUUCUUCACACAGUACUGGGAAUAGCUUCUGGGGCAGGGCAGUGGAAGGCACUGAACACAUGUGUUUCACACAUCUGUGCUGUGCUUGUAUACUAUGUUCCCAUGAUCAGCCUCUCUUUGUUGCAUCGCUUUAGGCAGCAUUUAUCUCCACUCCUACAGACUGUCAUGGCCAAUGCAUACCUCUUCUUGCCACCUGCGGUCAACCCCAUUGUCUAUAGCAUCAAAACCAAGGAAAUUCGCAAUAGCAUUGUUCGUAUACUGCCUAGAAAAAGGGGUGAGGUCUAA